AUGUUUAAGUCUACAGUAUUAGCAAAUGUAAUAUUACUAGUAACGGUGAACCAUGGGUUGAAGCCGAAUGGUAAACGUCAACAAUCCGUUUGGAGACUGGAAUGCGAGAUGGGUGUUAUUUCUGACUCUGAUUGCCCCGUAGACGGCGGCUGGUCGCCUUGGGAGGCUUGGUCUUUAUGCCGAGGACCUUGCGACGAUAUUGGACACAGGCGAAGGCGAAGAAUAUGCAACAAUCCACCACCAUCUCUAGACGGCAUGCCUUGCGCCGGGUUAUCCGAACAAAUUGAAGCAUGCUACUUGACAAACUGCACAGUCGAAGAUUUCCGUAAACUAGUUCAAGGUGAUCCAGUUCGAGUAGAAAGUUUGCGACAACUAGAAUUGGUUCCAGCGUUAAUGGAGCAAUGCCUUCAAAUGGAAUGUCCGUUUCAAGGAAUCGAAGCAGCUUUGGCAAUAGACAAUACGUGGCAAAUGAACGCUGAAACUCUGUGGAAUGCUAUACAAUGCGUUAAACACAAUUUGGGCUGUCCUAUGAUUGGCGAAUGGGGAGCUUGGGGAUCUUGGUCGGUGUGUGGAGCCAGGUGUGGACGAGGCCUUCGCUGGAGACUCAGACGAUGUGACAAUCCACCACCUUCGGACGCCCACUUAGUAUGUUUGGGUACUCCUCUGCAAACUCAGGAUUGCGAAGGAGAUCAGUGUGCAUCGGACCAGUUCGACUCAUUUGAAAAAGAAAGCGGGCUUUGGAGCGAUUGGGGACAUUGGAGUGCUUGUUCUGUAAAUUGCGGCAUAGGAAUAAGACUUCGUCGACGAACUUGCAAUGACAUACAUAAUGAGAACUCUUUGUUGAUAUGGGGUACGCACUGUCGCGGACAGCAUGAUCAGGUGGAAGCCUGCAAAAACCAGGAGUGUGUUCUAAACGGCGGAUGGUCAGGCUGGAGCGCAUGGGGCCCUUGUUCUCAAACCUGUGGGCCCGGGCGCAGGUCUAGAACCAGAUCCUGCACGAGACCAAUACCGGCUGGACCAAAGUCAGUCAAGUGUGUAGGGCCCAAAACGGAAGUAAGCCCUUGUCAGCUUUCGCCUUGUGAAGUCUUUCCACAUACCGUAGCAGUUUUAAGUGGGGAGUCGCACAUUCAAUACAAUUUCGAAAAUAAGCGUUCUGCACUUUUUCAUUUCUAUAUCAGAUUUAUGCCCCUUUCUCCUCACGGAACUUUAGUCCGUAGAGGGGCCGUCCACUACCCUCUGGUUCGAUUAAGUUUACAAAAGUGGCAUGUUUGCGUCGACGCCAGUGGUUCAUCUCAUUCGUGUGAUUUACCUAGAAUUUGUACUACGGAAGUAAUAGAACCUGCAACUUGGCACUCUGCUUUAGUAACAGUCACCAGUGAGGCCGCGACUCUUAGGUUAGAUGAUUCUGAUAUUACAAUCAGAAGUACCUUCCCUUGCGACCCAGAGCUUCCUAUUGAAGUAAUGAAUAUAUUUAUUGGCGAAAGGUUACAUGGAGAAGUUCAAGAGAUAAUGCUUAAUUUUAUCCCUCUUAACAUAAAAGUAGACAGAGAGAGAAGAUCUAAAUUAAUAGAUUUUUCACCGACUUAUGUUUCUAAUGUUGCAUAUGAAAAGGCAAAUCUAGAAGAGGCAUUCUUAAAUUUAGACGACGAGCAAUAUUUACGGUUGCCAUGUUUUAACACACCCGAAGCAUGGAAAUUACGUCUAACAGUAAAAUCUAAAAUAGAUUCUGGUACGAUACUGUUUUUGAAAGAUGAUAAUACUAACAACUGGCUUUACCUGGCUAUACAAAAUUUAAGAUUGAAGUUAAAACUAAAUACGAAUGACUUCCGUGCGGAAACCAGCAGUUCCUGUGAUAUUCCUUUAGAUCAAUGGCUGGAUAUACAAAUUUCUAUAGAAAAGGGAACCAACACAAUAGAAGCUUGUAUAAACUCUGGUGAACAUCUUCAUAUUUUAUUUGGAGAUGACAAAAAUAGAAAACGGCGAAAAUCUACUAAUGAACAUCAUAAGUCUGAUAUAAAAUCAGCACCACUUGAUAUUAGCAGGGCCCACAAAAAUACUAUCUAUAGACUGUGUAACGACGAAUUUUUUGUGGGCGGCAUACCUCGCGAAAUAAAGAAGAAUAUUCCAGAAGAUCUAACUCCUUUCAGUGGUGUUAUAGCUUCUUUAAGUAUAGACGGAAUAUUACAGGAUCUGCAUCGUAGUAACGUAGAGCGUUACAAAGAAGAAAAAGUUCAGGUGUCGUCGAGGACAGCUAGUGUAUCCGGUUCUUAUCAUGAAACUGCUUGGGGUAAUUCCAAUACUUUGAAUUUAACAUGUCUCCAUGCAAGAAGUUUACGGAGUCCUCAUUCUGCCCAUUGGCUCUUUUUAGAUAUCGCUGUAAAUAGUGUACUUAAAGACAAGAAAAUUCGUUCCCUGGAUGAUGGCAGAGUUUUAAGACUAGUUGCUACUGCCGACAAUGACCUUAGAGGUUUUUACACUUGCCGCUCUCAUUCAAACAAGCGUACUCGUAAUAUCGUCACUUACGGUGUUCUUGGUAAAAUUCAAUACAACCUUUCAGAACCAGAUUUAACCACAAUCUUUGCUGUGUUCACAACAGUUUGCCUCGUGAUAGGUACGAUUUUAUGGCUAGUGAUUGAGGGUAUUCACGAUAUACGAGACGGAUACGGAUUUUUUCGAGACGCACAUCUGUCCCAGGAAGAAGAAGCGGAAUCUGUUUGUAAAUUCAUUGACGCUAAUUUACAUCUCAUCGGUUGUAAGACUGAGGCGAAGAUGGCUAAAGCAAGAGCUAGGCGCAAAGCUGAGCAGUUGGCCAGUAAAUCGAGUUUUGCCGCACAAGAACCACAAGGAUUGUUGCAAGAACAGAACUGUUCUCCUGAGAACUGUGAUGGAACAACUACAGCUAGUGAACCUGAAGGGUUGCCGGCCUUGCCUGAAGUGAAAAGUUCGAGGACUAUGUCGUCGCACAAUAUAUACAGAUGUGAACCUUGUUAUAUAAGCUCUCCUCAGCAUGGAUCUGAUAUAUCAACACGGUCUAAAUUCACCUCCUCGAUCGAAACUUCAUCACCACGAUACCUGUGUUCCCAACUAUUAUUGGCAAAACGCGUGCGUUCUGCUAAACGAAGUGUUUUAUUUAAUAAGAAAUCCAAAGGUCAAUAUGCUAUCCUACCGCGCAAAGCCCGAUCGAAAUUACUAACCAUUAAACCUUCUAGAUGCAUAAAUUUGUCGCCGGCACAGAGAAUUCUACAAAAAUUUGAGCAAUUGAAGAGCGACGAUACGAUAGAAUAA